AGGUUCUCUCAGCUCUUCUCCCCGGAGCAUCUCAGGCUUACCUCAUCUAUAUAUACCAAACAACACAACACUUUGGCAAACAUCUUGCAAAGAUUACUCCUACGAGAAGCCUCGUCGCGUUUACUCCUAAUCCCUCAUUAAAAUCGACGCUGCAUAUCCCAAAAACGACGAAGAAAACUCCGCUUUUCGCUCGAUCGAAACUUCCCAAUUGGAUCGAUGAACGGGAUACUUCAUUAGUGAAGGAAUUUGCGGAUUACAUUGAUCCUCAAGAUGAUUUCAAGGUAUCAAUUGGUCUGCGGAGCUGUGCUCGUCGGUUUGGCGUUGCUCUACCAGACAAUGGCGCAAGUUGAUGGUUAUCGACCCGGAAUCGACUAUCCGAUUUACAACACUGUGCCCUUAGGUCUUGCUUUUACGUGCCAAGGUAAAUUGCCCGGUUACUACGCCGAUCCGGAGACUCGAUGUCAAGCCUGGCAUUGGUGUUUGCCCAACGGUAGAAUGUUUAGUUUUCUCUGUCCGAAUGGCACGGUUUUCAGUCAAACUGUGAGGGUCUGCGAUUGGUGGUUCAAGGUCGACUGUGCGGACUCGCCGAGACUAUACGGGGUGAAUGACGACCUUUACAGAGACGCAAGAGGCAACAGAAUAUGAUUGUAACAUUUGAAAUAAAGGCGAUAAAAAAAGGGUAGCGAAAAAGAUGAAAAAUAUUUCGUUUUUAAAGAAAUUCUUAUCGAUCGGAUUGGAUCGGAUGAGAAGCUUGAGUUACCGACGAGUUUUUUACGAAGAUAUUCCGCUUGUCGACGUUCUGUAAAAACGCUUCCUACUUAAUCGACGAACGCCUGCGGCGGCAGCUUCGCGGACCUGCUCUCGCACCAGAAGAAAACUCCGGGUAAAUUGGUCGAUAAAAAGCCCAAAGCGUGAAGAUUGAUAAUGAAGAGAAUCGAGUACCACUUUGAAUCGCAACAAAAAAUUGAAAAUCCUUUUUCUAUCGAUCAUUUUUGAACCGUCAUUUCGACACCUCAGCUUAGGACGCGAUGCGCGCGAUACGAUUGACAAUGUAAACUAAUAUUUUUUGACAAAAUAAAAUUCGAUCUUUUGGCAAAGAGAAA